CGGAGCUCCGUGCCCGGUGGCGGCGCUCCGGACGGGGGGCUCCGAUCCCCCGCAGCACCGCUGUGCCGCUGCUCCGCUCGUUGCCCCCCGUGCGGUGGGGAGAGAAUCACAACGAGCUCCUUGGAUUUCCCUAUAGAUCUGAAGCUGUCUCCCUGAGGAACCACCUCCAACUGAAAAAAUGCAAUUGCUUUCUCAUACAUGGAGCCAAUCUUUUGGAGCGCAGCAACCCCACAGGUGCUGAUGUCUGAGAGCAUCUCGUGCAGCCCUGCAGGCACCUGGCCAUCCUCUCCUGUUGUUGUCUGACCUCUUCCCCCUGCUCCAGGCAGGUGGUACAUCAGUGUCAGGUGCACCUCAUGCCACCAUCCAACCUUACCAGCUUGAUCCCAGCAACAUUCGUGCUGGUUGGCAUCCCGGGCAUGGAGAAGCUGCACGUGUGGCUGUCCAUCCCCUUCUGCUCCAUGUACCUGGCUGCCCUGCUGGGGAACAGCAUCCUGCUGCUGGUUGUGAAGGCAGAGCAGAGCCUCCAUCAGCCCAUGUACCUCCUGCUGUGCAUGCUGGCUGCCACCGACUUGAUGCUGUCCACCACCACCGUGCCCAAGAUGCUGGCCCUCUUCUGGUUCCACGCUGGGGAGAUCUCCUUCGGCGCCUGCCUGAUGCAGAUGUUCUUCCUGCACUUUAGCUUCUCAGUGGAGUCCGUCAUCCUGCUGGCCAUGGCCUUCGACCGCUUCGUGGCCAUCUGCCACCCGCUGCGCUACGCAGCCGUGCUGACACCCGCAGCCAUCACCAAAGUGGGGCUGGGGGCGGUGCUGCGCAGCUUCUGCAUCAUCUUCCCCUGCGUCUUCCUGCUGCGGCGGCUGCCGUUCUGCGGGCACAGCACCAUCCCGCACACCUACUGUGAGCACAUGGGCAUCGCCCGCCUGGCCUGCGCCGACAUCUCCGCCAACGUCCUCUAUGGCCUCGCGGUGCCCUUCGCAGCCGUCGUGCUGGAUGUUGUGCUCAUUGCUGCCUCCUACAUCCUGAUUCUCCUGGCUGUAUUCAGGCUCCCAUCCAGGACAGCCCGCUCCAGGGCUUUCAACACCUGCAUCUCCCACGUCUGUGUUAUUUUCCUUUUCUAUAUCCCUGCUUUUUUCACCGUGUUAACGCACCGCUUUGGGGGGGAAAUCCCACAACACGUCCACAUCCUGCUGGCCAACCUCUACGUGCUCUUCCCCCCGCUGCUGAACCCCAUCGUGUACGGGGUGCGGACGCGGCCGAUAAGAGAGAAGGUGGUGAAGAUACUCCUCUGCCCCACCAAGCAUCUGCUGCAGGAAUGAGAGCCACAUGUUACGGCCUCAAGUUGCACCAGGCCAAAUGCCGGACUCCCUGCUUGGCUGCAGAAAGAAGGUGCUCAUGGAGGGGGGCACCCACCCCAGCAGCGCCAUCUAUGGGACCCUCCCGUGAGGAUUCUGCUGCGGUGUGAUGGAGAUCUCACCGUCUGUGCUGGAGUCACGGGACAAGGAGUGUAAUAAACCUGCUCCAAUCACAGAUGCAUAACGGGGAUCACUGCAGGAAUUGCUUCUUUAUUAAAAAUCACUGAACUAGAAAAGUCUCCAGAAGGAAUAACACAGAAAUAAAAGCAAGUGCUGCGGAUUAGCA